AACAACUCAAUCUCCUGUCUUUUCCCAAAGUGCAAUUCAUACCUUUUGACUGUGAUUCGCGAAAAAAAAGCUUCCAAAGCUCCAAAAGCUCAGAAGGAGCGUGCCCUUGAGACUAAAUUGAAAUUCUACAGGAAGUGCUCUUGAGGAUAAAGGAACGCCAGAUAAUUCAGUGAACACACAAAUAAAAGGAUACCGUGCUAUAAAAUAUCCUGGAAGUGGCGAACAUAGCUGGGAGAAUCUCCCACAUAGUCUAUUGCACCCAGAUAAGACGAUAAGAGGAAUACAACAAAAUGCAGAUGAUGGGAAUCACAUCAAUUUGGUGGCUCUUCCUCGUGUUCAUGCGCUGCAGUGGUCUCCUGGCCAUAUCCAAAGGUCGCGAAAGUAGCCGAGUAGCCCGAAGUGGAGGAUUUCCCAAGUUUCCACUAGAUGACACCGGGCGUCCCUAUGAGAUGUUCCCGGACACUCACCCUCGGGGACCAUGGACUCCAGACAAACCCUUCGAAUGCGGCACCCGCUACAUUCGUUUCCAGCCACAACGGAAGGGGCGAAUAAUUGGUGGAACUGUACCUCCUUAUGGUGCCUAUCCAUGGCAAGUGGAAAUCCAGACUUUCCACUAUGAACGGACAAAUUUUGAACAUCACUGUGGAGGAGCUGUUGUUGGAGAACGUCUUGUCCUUACAGCAGCUCACUGCCUUCAGGUUCCUCAAUUAGAAUACCUGCGUGUUGUGAUAGGAGAUCACAGUCUCAAAGUUCGGGAUCUCCAUGAGCAUAGCUUUCGUGUUGAACGUAUCCUUGUCCAUCCACAUUUUCGUAAAAGCGGUCCUUAUAGCAACGAUAUCGGCAUUAUCAAAGUUCGAGCUUCCAGUGUUACUGGAAUUGGCUUCAACACCCACGUUAGACCUAUCUGUGUCCCAGGUCCGGGUCAGACACCCCCACCUGGAUCCUGGUGCUCAGUCACAGGAUGGGGUGCACAUAAAGCUGAAGACGUGCGCAGUGUGGCGUCAACAUUGCGAGUGGCCGCGGUGCCCCUUAUGGACUUGGACACAUGCCGCAAGAGCUCAAUUAAUGGUGGGCGACAGCAGCCGAUUCUCGAGUCCAUGCUCUGCGCAGGCUUCCUCCAGGGUGGCGUGGACUCGUGUUCCGGUGACAGCGGCGGGCCCCUGGCCUGUGAACACAAUGGGCGCUUCUUCCUGGCCGGACUGGUGUCCUGGGGAGAUGGAUGUGCCAAGAAAAAUCGACCCGGUGUAUACACACGCGUCGAGUCCUUCCAGCAGUGGAUCAACGAAUCCAUGGAGAUCCUCGAUAAGGACGAUUAGCCCACCAGUCCAUCCUAUCAUCGAAUACAUCAUUUUCAUUCUCAUUGUUGUGCGUUUCGAGAGUAAAUUAUUGCC